UCUGUCUUCUUUCAUUCAAAGUAGCUUAAAGUUGCAGUACAAACUCCCAUCCCACCACCUCCUCACGAAUCUCACCUUUUUCCCCUUUUAUCUCUCCUAGGGUUUGCAACUUUGCAUCAAUCGCUCCAUAACCUCCUUCUGUAAUCGAAUGUAGCUCACAAGUAGAUUUGAAGUUUGUCGGUGCAGUGCAGUUGCUGUGUUUUGAGUUGUUGAUUUGAAGUUGAAGAAGAAUGACGUCACGAGGCGGUGCUGGUGGACCGUCGGAUCAACCGACGCCGACACCGCAGCGGCGGAUCAUGCGGACGCAGACGGCGGGGAAUCUCGGAGAGUCGAUAUUUGAUAGUGAGGUGGUGCCGUCGUCGCUGGUGGAGAUUGCUCCGAUUCUGCGUGUGGCUAAUGAAGUUGAGCCUAGUAACCCUAGGGUUGCUUAUCUCUGUCGGUUUUAUGCAUUUGAGAAAGCCCAUAGACUGGACCCCACUUCUAGUGGACGUGGUGUUCGUCAGUUCAAAACUGCCCUUCUUCAGCGACUUGAAAGGGAAAAUGAUCCAACCUUGAUUGGGAGAAUGAAAAAAAGCGAUGCACGUGAAAUGCAGAGCUUUUAUCGACAUUACUACUCAAAGUACAUCCAAGCUUUGCAAAGUGCUGCUGACAAGGCAGACCGCGCACAGCUUACCAAAGCAUACCAAACUGCUAAUGUUCUCUUUGAGGUUUUAAAGGCUGUUAAUCAAACACAAUCAGUGGAAGUUGACCGUGAGAUUCUCGAAACACAUGAUAAAGUGGCACAGAAGACCGAGAUUUAUCUCCCAUACAAUAUACUACCUCUUGACCCUGAUAGUGCCAAUCAGGCCAUUAUGAGAUACCCAGAGAUUCAAGCUGCUGUUGUUUCCCUUCGUAACACGAGGGGUCUUCCAUGGCCCAGGGAAUACAAGAAGAAAAAUGAGGAAGACAUUCUGGAUUGGCUUCAAGCUAUGUUUGGGUUUCAGAAAGAUAAUGUGGCAAAUCAACGGGAACAUUUGAUUUUGUUGCUUGCAAAUGUUCAUAUUCGGCAAAUUCCAAAACCUGAUCAGCAGCCCAAGUUGGAUGAACGUGCAUUAAAUGAAGUGAUGAAGAAGCUUUUUAAGAACUACAAGAAAUGGUGCAAGUACUUGGACAGAAAAAGUAGCCUUUGGUUGCCAACAAUACAGCAAGAAGUUCAACAACGUAAAUUAUUAUAUAUGGGGCUAUAUCUUCUCAUAUGGGGGGAGGCUGCAAAUUUGAGAUUUAUGCCUGAGUGCCUCUGCUACAUCUAUCAUCAUAUGGCUUUCGAAUUGUAUGGUAUGCUAGCUGGCAAUGUAAGUCCAAUGACCGGUGAGAAUGUAAAACCAGCUUAUGGAGGAGAUGAGGAAGCAUUUUUGACAAAAGUGGUUACUCCUAUUUAUGAUGUGAUAGCAAAGGAAGCGGCCUGGGGCAAAGUAGGGAAAUCAAAACAUUCGCAGUGGAGAAAUUAUGACGAUCUAAAUGAAUAUUUCUGGUCUGUAGACUGUUUCCGGUUAGGUUGGCCAAUGCGUGCUGAUGCUGAUUUCUUCUGUGAGCCUGAGAAAUCACGCGAGCUUGAAAAAAAUGGGGAUGGCAAACCAAUUGGUAUGCAUCGACGGGCGGCUAAAGUUAAUUUUGUGGAGAUACGAUCAUAUUGGCAUGUUUUUAGAAGUUUUGACAGAAUGUGGAGUUUCUUUAUAUUGUGCUUACAGGCCAUGAUUAUUGUUGCUUGGAAUGGUGAUGGAAACCCUACCUCAAUCUUUGAAUCAGAUGUGUUUAAAAAAGUAUUGAGUGUUUUUAUAACUGCUUCAAUAUUGAAGCUUGGUCAAGCUGUUUUGGAUGUGGUGCUAAAUUGGAAAGCAAGACAAUGCAUGCCAUUUUAUGUCAAGCUAAGAUACCUUUUGAAGGUUGUAUCAGCUGCAGCUUGGGUUGUAAUCUUACCAGUUACUUAUGCUUAUACAUCAAAAGAUCCUGGAUUUGCUCAAACCCUUAAAGGUUGGUUCGGGAACAUCCAAGGUCCCCCAUCAUUGUUCAUUUUGGCGGUUGUUAUCUACUUGUCACCAAACAUGCUUGCUGCUGUGUUAUUUCUGUUCCCCUUCGUACGACGCUACCUUGAGAGUUCAGACUACAGGAUUGUAAUGCUCAUGAUGUGGUGGUCUCAACCUCGACUUUAUGUUGGGAGGGGAAUGCACGAAAGCACCUUUUCACUUUUCAAGUACACAACCUUUUGGAUUCUGCUCAUCAUAACAAAGCUCGCUUUCAGUUACUACUUAGAGAUAAAGCCACUUGUGGGUCCUACAAAAGCUAUUAUGAGUGUUCAUAUCAAUGUUUACGCGUGGCAUGAGUUCUUCCCUCAGGCAAGGAAUAAUAUUGGUGUGGUGGUCGCCCUCUGGGCUCCAAUCAUUCUUGUGUAUUUUAUGGAUACUCAAAUCUGGUAUGCUAUUUUCUCUACAAUAUUUGGAGGUGUUUACGGGGCUUUCCGUCGUCUUGGAGAGAUUCGAACUCUAGGAAUGUUGCGGUCGCGUUUUGAUGCUUUGCCUGGGGCAUUUAAUGGUUGCUUAAUUCCACCUGAGAAAAGUGACCCAGUAAAAAAGAAAGGACUUAAAGCUACCUUGUCCCGUAAUUAUGAUGCCAUCACGUCCCAGAAAGGGAAAGAAGCUGCAAGGUUCGCUCAGUUAUGGAAUAAAAUUAUCACAAGUUUCAGAGAGGAAGAUCUUAUUAAUAAUAGGGAAAUGAACCUCUUGCUUGUUCCAUAUUGGGCAGACCGAGAGUUGGACCUAAUUCAGUGGCCUCCAUUUCUUCUUGCUAGCAUGAUCCCUAUUGCAUUGGAUAUGGCUAAAGACAGCAAUGGAAAAGACCGUGAGCUAAAAAAACGAAUUGAGAGUGACAGUUAUAUGUCUUGUGCUGUUCGUGAAUGCUACGCUUCAUUCCGUAACAUUAUUAUGUAUUUAGUUCGUGGCAGUCGUGAGCAGAAGGUUAUCAACGAUAUAUUUCUCGAAGUUGACAAGCAUAUUGCAGAGGGGGAUCUAGUGAGAGAGUUCAAUAUGAGUGCUCUCCCUACCCUCUAUGACCAUGUUGUCAAGCUUAUUAAUUACUUGUUAACAAAUAAGCAGGAGGACAGGGAUCAAGUUGUAAUUCUUUUCCAGGAUAUGCAUGAAGUUGUGACCAGAGACAUAAUGGAAGAAUCAAAUAUGGAUGGGCAAGGAUACGAGGUGGAUGAACAAUACCAGUUGUUUCAACCUGCAGGAGCAAUCCUGUUCCCGACUCCAGAAUCAGAAGCUUGGAAGGAAAAAAUCAAUAGGUUGUACUUACUGCUUACAGUUAAGGAAUCUGCUAUGGACGUGCCUUCAAACUUGGAAGCGAGAAGACGAAUAUCCUUCUUCUCCAAUUCAUUGUUUAUGGAUAUGCCCUCAGCCCCUAAAGUUCGCAAUAUGCUUUCUUUCUCUGUGCUCACCCCUUACUACAAUGAGGAGGUUCUCUUUUCGUUGCAUGAUUUGGAAGUCCAAAACGAGGAUGGAGUAUCAAUCCUCUUCUAUUUGCAAAAGAUUUUCCCAGAUGAGUGGAACAACUUUCUUGAGAGAGUGGGUUGUCACAAUGAAGAUGACUUAAAAGGAAUCGAUGAGUUAGAAGAUCAACUACGUCUUUGGGCUUCAUAUAGAGGACAGACCUUGACCAAAACUGUUAGGGGGAUGAUGUAUUAUCGCAAAGCUUUGGAGCUUCAGGCUUUCCUUGAUAUGGCUAAAGAUGAUGAUUUGAUGGAAGGGUAUAAGGCGAUCGAAUUAAAUGAGGAUCAGAUGAAGGGAGAACGGUCAUUGUGGGCUCAGUGUCAAGCAGUGGCUGAUAUGAAGUUUACAUACGUGGUCUCAUGCCAACAGUAUGGCAUACAAAAGAGAUCUGGUGAUGCUCGUGCACAAAAUGUUCUUAGACUAAUGACAGAGUACCCGUCUCUACGUGUUGCUUACAUUGACGAGGUUGAGGAACCUAGCAAAGACGCAACCAAAAAGAUAAACCAUAAAGUUUAUUACUCUGCUCUUGUCAAAGCUAUGCCAAACUCCAAUGCUUCUGAGACAGGUCAAAACUUGGAUCAGGUGAUUUAUAAGAUAAAAUUGCCAGGGCCUGCAAUAUUAGGAGAAGGAAAGCCUGAGAAUCAGAAUCAUGCAAUCAUUUUCACACGUGGAGAGGGCUUGCAGACUAUAGACAUGAAUCAGGAUAAUUACAUGGAAGAGGCGUUAAAAAUGAGGAACUUGCUUCAAGAAUUUCUUAAAAAACAUGAUGAUGUGAGGUACCCGACGAUAUUGGGACUUAGGGAGCAUAUUUUCACUGGAAGUGUUUCUUCUCUUGCAUGGUUUAUGUCUAAUCAAGAAACAAGUUUUGUAACAAUUGGUCAAAGAUUGCUGGCCAACCCUUUGAAGGUUCGUUUUCAUUACGGUCAUCCAGAUGUUUUUGAUAGGCUGUUUCACCUUACCAGAGGAGGUGUCAGCAAAGCCUCUAAGAUUAUAAAUCUAAGCGAGGACAUAUUUGCUGGUUUUAAUUCUACCCUACGUGAAGGCAAUGUGACACAUCACGAAUAUAUACAAGUUGGUAAAGGGAGGGAUGUCGGCCUUAAUCAAAUAUCUUUGUUUGAGGCUAAAAUUGCCAAUGGAAAUGGGGAACAAACACUUAGCCGCGACGUAUACAGGCUUGGACACCGUUUUGACUUCUUCAGGAUGUUAUCUUGUUACUUCACUACAAUUGGUUUCUACUUUAGUACUCUGAUCACUGUAUGGACCGUGUACGUGUUUCUUUAUGGGCGGCUUUAUCUUGUACUUAGUGGACUUGAGGAGGGGCUUAGCACCCAACCUGCAAUUCGUCACAAUAAACCACUUCAAGUGGCUCUUGCUUCACAAUCUUUUGUGCAAAUUGGAUUCUUAAUGGCGUUACCUAUGAUGAUGGAAAUAGGUCUAGAACGAGGUUUCCGUACAGCAUUAAGUGAAUUCAUUCUUAUGCAACUACAACUCGCCCCUGUGUUUUUCACAUUUUCACUUGGAACAAAGACUCACUACUAUGGUAGAACAUUGCUUCACGGAGGUGCAAAAUACAGAGGAACGGGCCGUGGGUUUGUUGUGUUUCAUGCAAAGUUUGCCGAAAACUAUCGUCUUUACUCUCGUAGUCAUUUCGUUAAGGGAAUCGAGCUUAUGAUUUUGCUUCUUGUUUACCAAAUAUUUGGUCAAACAUAUAGAGGAUCACUUGCAUACCUUCUGAUCACCAUUUCGAUAUGGUUUAUGGUUGGCACAUGGUUGUUUGCUCCGUUCUUGUUCAAUCCUUCGGGUUUCGAGUGGCAAAAGAUCGUUGAUGAUUGGACUGAUUGGAAUAAGUGGAUCAGUAAUCAGGGUGGUAUUGGGGUUCCUCCUGAGAAGAGUUGGGAAUCAUGGUGGGAGGAGGAACAAGAACACCUGCAUUAUUCUGGAAAGCGCGGUGUUAUAGUAGAGAUAUUGUUAGCAUUACGCUUUUUUAUUUAUCAGUAUGGUCUUGUUUAUCAUCUAAGUAUGACAAAGCAUCAGAAAAGCGUCUUGGUUUAUGGCAUAUCAUGGGUCGUCAUCUUUGCCAUUUUGUUGGUGGUCAAGGCUAUAUCGUUUGGGCGGAUGAAAUUCAGUGCAAAAUUUCAGCUUGUUUUCCGGCUGAUUAAAGGAGCAAUCUUCAUCAUGUUUGUCUCUAUUCUUGUGAUCCUGAUUGCACUCCCCCACAUGACACUACAAGACAUCAUUGUGUGCAUUCUCGCUUUUAUGCCAACUGGAUGGGGUUUGCUACUGAUUGCACAGGCAUGCAAACCGGUAGUGAAGACAGCUGGAUUCUGGGGAUCGGUGAAAACACUUGCACGUGGGUAUGAGAUAGUGAUGGGUCUACUUCUGUUCACACCAGUUGCGUUUCUUGCAUGGUUUCCUUUUGUUUCAGAAUUCCAAACACGUAUGCUCUUCAACCAAGCUUUCAGUAGAGGUUUGCAAAUAUCUCGUAUUCUUGGGGGGCAUAGGAAAGAUCGAUCUGCCAGGAACAAAGAGUAAUUUAAAGACGAUAUGUAGUAACAUCAACUUGUUUCAAGGCCUGUAUUUUUGGGUAGCUAGCUGGUUUUCUUUAGUUGUGUAUUAAGCUGCGAACACUUGCAGUGAUCUCGUGGACAGACAACUCGGCAGUCAGUGAUGACUGCUGAUGUUCAACUUAAUUUAGAAAUUUAACUUGCAAGUUUUGCCUAUUUUGAUGCUUA